AAAUAAUUGGUAAGUAAUUGGUAAAUCUUUGGACUGUUGCUUGUUAAAUCUUUGAACUGUAUUUGCAUAUGUCUUCAAAAUUGUUUCUUGCUAAACUUCUUUACUAAAGAAUUGUGAAGGCAUAUAAUGGAUUAGUGCAAAAAAUAUGAAGUAUGUAUAACGAAUCAGAAGAAGAAAGUAAUGAAGAAGAUCUAUUUGCAACAAAGUCUUCUCGGAAAAGAAAAUUGCUUGUUUACUCAGAUGAAGAAGAUUCUUCUGGCGGGAGUGAUACAGAUGAUAACAACAGUGAUGAUUUAGAAGAAAGUGAUGGCUUAUGUCCAAUCUGUUUGAGUGAGUUUACUAAUCAGAUGGUUGGAGUUCCAAAAACAUGCAAUCACGUCUUUUGUUUGGAGUGUUUGCAAGAAUGGGCUAAGAAAAUUAACAAUUGCCCAGUUGACAGAACAAAGUUCAAUUUUGUACUAGUUUAUAAGAUCAAAGAUGGACCACUUGUUGAAGAGAUUUAUAUUGAAGAUAAAGAAAGUAAAGAUGAUGAGUUUGAAGAUCCACCAACUUAUUGUGAGGUUUGUGGCUCUUGUGAAAGAGAAGACAGUUUACUGUUGUGCGAUGAGUGCGAUAAUGGAUAUCAUCUGGAUUGCUUAGUUCCACCAUUAUUGGCUGUUCCAUAUGAUGAAUGGUUCUGUUCUAAUUGUCAACCUAAAGAUCAGACUGUUGAAGUGAGUUUAUCAAAACCCUCUGGCUUCAUAGGUGAUGAAGAAUUGUUAAUGAAAAUAUAUGAAGAUCAUUGUGCAAGCGAUUUUAUUAACGAAACAUCUGAUAGCAGAGUUCGCACAGUUGCAAAAGUUAAAAAUGAGAGAAGACAGAAUAGAAGAUUAGAGCGAUCUCGGUCAACUAGACCAAGAAGGCCACGAAACAAAGAAAGUAUGCAACGGAAAAGAAGGAAAAAAAUGAGAAGAGCAGUAAAACGUAUGAACAAAGAGUUGUCUUAUAAAAUUACAGAAAAAGCCAACAAUGAGAAACUGAAGCAGAAAAGUGAAGAUAAUGACACUGUUAUCUCAAUAUAUGGAGAUCCAUACGAUCUUAAUGAAUUUCACGACGUCUUUGAUGACGAGCAUGAACCUACAGUAAAACAUGAUGUCACCAAUACAGAAGAUGUUGUUGGUAGUAUUUUAGAUGGGUUUAUUACCUUGGAUCCAAAUAAAGUUGUUGUUGAAAGGGAUGGUUCUAUAAAAGAAAAGAAAAAGAUGGAAAAAGCACUUAUAACAAAUGUUCCAUAUGUCAUGCCCGCAAGGAAAAAAAAGAUAAGAUUUAUUGAUGACAAUGAUGAUGUGGACAUUGAAAAAAAUGAAAAUGACAAAUCUGUUGACAAAUGUCUGUCAAGUCCUAAAAAAACAACUUCUGAGAACAAUAGUUCUCAAGAUGUAGAAAUCUCAUGUUGUUCAAUUCAAACAAAAAGAGAGAUUUUGAGCGGACAAUUGUUAAAGUUUAAAAACGACAUUGCUUUAGAUAAAAAGAUUAAAAAACAACUUGCUGAAAUGAGACAAAAAAGUAAUAAAAAAGAAUUUAAAUCUAUGGCAUCAUUACAUUCAAUAUCAGGCUUUAAAAUUCCCAAAAAAGUACAAAUAGAAUUUAAUUCUCAAACUCAUCAGCCCGAUGUUUGCCAGUUGGAUAGCUCUUCAGCACAUCAUUCUGGUGAUUCCCAGAAAAUUAACUCACAAACAGUUAACAUCACACAACCUAUGCAAAAUAGAAGCCACACAAGAGUAUCAGGAGCAUAUGCACCCAAUGAAUUUAGAAAGCCAAUUGAAAAGAAACAAGUUCUCACUCUUGAAAAAAAAAUUGAGUUAUAUAACCAAGGAAAAUACAAAGAAAUUCGUACUAAAAGUCGUGAAGAAAUAAUAAAGGAUACAAAAGAAAGAUGUCUAACACUAAUGAAGGGUAAAAAAAACAACCAGGAUUUAAAAGCUAAUGCACUCAAUUUAAAUCAGUCAAAUAACAGUAAAAUUUUAAUACAGAGAAGUAAAACAUCUUCAAAUAAUAAAUGUUUAGACAUUAAAGAUUCUCAGGAGUGUUUGCAAAACCAAUUAGAAAAAGAUUUUAAUAAAAUUCAUAAAAACAAAAUUUCUAAUGAUAAUUUCCCAAAUAAAGAACCUGUAAAGGUGUCUUUUGCUGAAUAUAAAAUGAAGAUGCAGCAAGAUAAAGAAAAAAAAAGUUUGUUUAUAAAAGAUGUUAAUGAAUGUUGCAAUGGCGAUAGUAAAAAAAAUUUAUUUGAAGAGUUGUUUGGAGAUCCAUCUAUUUUUUAUUUAGAAGAAACUAAAGAACCAUGUGCAAGCUUAUCUCAAACACAAAAAAUAAAUCUUUCUGACACAUCAAAGCCACACCUUUCUGACACACCAAAAGCACAUCUUUCUGAUGCACCAAGCUUAAACUUAUCUGGAUCUUCAAAAAAAAACUUGUUUGAAACCCUAAAAUCUAACUUGUCUGGCUCGUCAAAUGUGUCUUGCUGUUCUGUUAUCCCUAAAAUUGAUCACAAGGACAAAAAGUUUUUUUUCCCAAUACAAACAGAUGCUUUACAAACAUUUAGUAAUCUAAAUAAUGUAGUGGAGCUUGGUGAUUCCGCUUUAAAGAGUAAUUUACAUGGAACAUUUCACAUGGAACAUUUCACUAAUCAUCUGUCUAAUAUAAAAUACGAUUUAAAAUCUGAAGGUCAUGGUAAGUUAGUGAAUAACUGUGGCAUUCCAAUUGCUAUUGUUUAUCCAAGGUCUAAUUUAGAAGAAAAUUUUCCAAUUGGCAACAACAGUUCUGUGGUAAAUUUAGAAAAGAAACAAGCAGCAGAAUUUGUUAACCAAAAGAGUCCACCUAUUGACAAGUUUUACUUAGAAAAAAUAAAAGCUUUGUUGAAAUAUGACUACAAAAAUGGAGCACUAACAAAAGAUCAAUGGAAAGACAUUGUAAAACAAAGCGUGAAACAGAUUCAACGUAACAUUGAUUAUUAUAAACAAGAUGGCAUGAUUGAAAAUCUAGUUGAAAGUUAUUUGAAAAAAAUAAAGAAAAAAGCACUGUUUGAAAACAUGCUGCCUGCAUUUAUAUAAAAGCAUGGCAGAAUCUUUUAAGUGUUUUGUAUUAUGUGUAAAAUAUAUAAUGUAUUGUAGUGUCAUGUAUAAAUUUGUAAA